UAGUCACGGCUGCAGUUGACAGAAAUAAAAAUGCCUCUCGAGGAGCAUCUCGCAGAGUACGUCAAGCCAGAGGUCGUAGGGCUCAAGCUCAUAGCUUAGACCUUAUAAAUAAUUUCAAUGAGUACGAUUUGGAAGAGGACAGUUCUCGUAUCGCUGCUGUUCAUAAUCAAAUGACCCGGUGGAUCAACAGAGGAGGAUAUGAUCUGAAUGACCCAACUGACAGUUCAAGCGAGUCAGAUGAGGAAGAAGCAUGGCAGAGAAUGGUAGUCAUAGCAGAUGAGAAAAUGCACUUCACCAAGCGGCAGUCGAAGAAGCAACAUAGUCUUCCGAAAAUGGCGGUGUCCGUAGGGAAUAAAACCAAAGUCUACCAGAACAGAAAAGAAAUCUGUGUAUCCUGCCAGCAAGAAGAAUUUGUAUAUUCUGCUGACCCCUGCGGGCACGCCAUUUUCUGUUCAAAUUGUAUACUGACCGGUAUAAAACCAGCAAAGUACACUUAUACCAUUGCAGAUGGCACAAUCGCCACCCAUCAUUCCUACUUUGUGCCCGUCAAGUGUCCUCUUUGCGGAGCCAUUAUUGGCUCAUUAUACAAAGAGGCCAACUGAGCUGCAAUUUUCUCUCUCAUUAAUUUCACUCUCAUUAAUUUUCACUCUCAUUUACACUCUCAUUAAUAUCUUUACAGACUAUUAAAUCUUGAUGGGAGUUCAAAGGUCCUUAGUGUAUGUUGUCCAUAUGUGUACUUUGAUGGUUUUAUACUGUCCAGUAUUCAAAAAAACGAUGUUUUCAUUAAAGCUAAGUCUCGAGUCUAAAUUCACUCCUAACUAUCUAGCGCUUGUCAAUGUCGUCACAUAGCUCUCUAAUUGAGUGUUAUGGAGCUCUUCAUUUUUAUACCGGUCUGUUUCUAAUUGUUCAAGUACGUUUCAUUUUUUGCCUUUAUCACACUCUGUAAUUAGGUUUACUUUGCACUUAUCUGGUUUGCAAUUAGAGUCCCUCAAAUGGUCUGUUAUUGAGGAAUGAUUUUUUGUAUUAUUAUUUGCAUUAUUUUUGUGUUCUUGAAAUCUUUUUUGUACAUCUUUUAAUCUGGUUUGCAAUUAGAGUCCCUCAAAUGGUCUGUUAUUGAGGAAUGAUUUUUUGUAUUAUUUUUUGCAUUAUUCUUGUGUUCUUGAAAUCUUUUUUGUACAUCUUUUUAUCUGGUUUGCAAUUAGAGUCCCUCAAAUGGUCUGAUAUUGAGGAAUGAUUUUUUGUAAUAUUUAUUGCAUUAUUUUUAUGUUCUUGAAAUCUUUUCUGUACAUUUUUUUUUGUUUUUUGCAUUGUGCCAUAUGUUACAACCUAGAAAUAGAAGUGUCUUUGCUUCUUUCUGCUAAGGCAGUAUCAUCUGCAAAAGUGCUGAUAAAGCCCCUGUUUGGUUUUGGGCCGUCGCUAGUUAGAUGAUGAGUGUCACCUACCUCAAUCACAAAUGUUGUUAUAAUGACUUUCUUGUAAUGAAUGAAAGACUUUU